ACGCGACAAAGAAAACGGCAUCGACCCAAUGAGAAAAGAACAGGUGUACUUCUGUGAUAAUAUUUUUUUUUUCACCCCCUGUGUGCUACCGUACUCUCAGGGUCACAGACUUCGAGAUUAUAAUACGGCCAAGUCGUAGAAGUCGUAUCGAAGUCGUCAUGAAUAUUCUCUUUCAUUUUUCUCUUCUCCUCGCCGCCUGUGUGGUGGUCAAUGGAAACCCCGCAGCGGGAAAACCAUGGCACUGGAAGUCACUGAAACCCUUAGUGAAUCCUCGUGGUUCACUGAAAACAGAUGGCACCCGUAUCGUGGGUGGCACUGAGGCCGUUCCUCACUCGUGGCCCCACCAGGCGGCUCUCUUCGUCGACUUCAUGUACUUCUGCGGCGGUUCCCUCAUCUCCAGCGAGUGGGUCCUCACGGCCGCUCACUGUGUCGACAGCGCCCACAAUCUCUUCGAGGCCGAGGACACCCAAGUCACGAUGAGUUCGAGCGACUUCUUCACCCACGAGGACUGGGACUCCUUCUCCCUGGCCAACGACAUCGCCCUCGUCAGGUUACCGACGCCCGUGGACUUCACGGAGAGCAUAGCGCCUGUCAGGCUCCCUUCGUCAGACAUCAGCGUUGCCACCACAGCGACUCCCACGGGAUGGGGACGCCCGGCGGACUCUGCUGACGGGAUCUCCAGCGUCCUUCGUCAGGUGGACGUGCCUGUCAUGGCGAGCGAGGACUGCGAUAAGGUCUAUGGGAUUAUCGGCGAAGGUCAAGUAUGCGUCGACACCACCGGAGGUCAAGGGACAUGCCAUGGAGACUCCGGUGGUCCCCUCAACCUCAAUGGCAUGACCUACGGCGUCACCUCCUUCGGGUCUUCUGUAGGAUGCGAGGCAGGAGAACCUGACGCCUUCACUCGUGUCUUCUAUUAUUUGGACUGGAUCGAGGAGAAGACAGGGGUGACUCCUUAAGUAGAUGAUUUCAGCUUAAGACAGACGAUUGGGAGAUAAAGUACAGAGAGGCGUGGGUUGGAU